AUAAGCAGGGGUACCUUAGGAUAGAACAUGGGCUUAGGACACCUAUAAGCCUGCUGUUCAAGAUGGCCUAGCAAACUGGUCAGUUACGAACUUUGCUGCAGGUCCCUGAAAAAAACUGGGACAAAUUGGAAACACUGAUUAUUUUGCCAACGCUUUGACUGGAAUGGGGUGUUUUCCUUUAAGGAAUCAAACUUGACUUGUAAAGCCAAUAAAAGCCCCUGGGGGAACUGGCCUCAGACCUUGCCUACAGCAGUCCCUGUACAGCAUUUCUGACCUAUGUUUAAAGAUGCUACCAUGGGAGGUCUGUUCCAAGAUGGCUGAAUAGGAACAGCUCUGGUCUGCAGCUCCCAGUGUGAUUGACGCAGAAGAUGAGUGAUUUCUGCAUUUCCCACUAAGGAACAGGGGUCUUGCUACGUUGCCAAGGCUGGUAUGAAUCUCCUGAACUCAAGCAAUCCUCCUGCCUCUGCCUCCCAAAGUGCUGGGAUUACAGGCGUCGGCCCCGUGCCUGGCCUGAAUAUCUUUCUUGAGGAUGGAAAAAAAAAAAAAAGUAAGUUGGGGUAUGAUUUUGAUCUGGGCACUAACGGGGACACUGAUUGCUUUCGCCAGUAAGUCAAGACCAGCAGAUAAAAAAUAAUUUUUAAAAACCUCGUGAGACUGAUUUGCCGCAGGACGGAAGGAGUAAGAAGCAUGCGUGGGAGGCGCUAACGGAGGAACCUAAACCUCCAUCCUCUUUCCCUGGGAGAUUAAGAACUACAGGGAGAGGCGAGAGAGACUAUGACCGCCCUACGGCUAGAGUAGCCGCGAAGAGAACACUUCCGGGGCGGGGCUAUCUGGCCCUUUCCUUUCCGCGUGUAGAAUGUGGGGCGCCUGUAAAGUUAAGGUUCACGAUUCCUUGGCCACCACUUCCAUCACUCUGAGACGGUACCUGAGAUUGGGGGCGACCAUGGCAAAAAGCAAGUUCGAGUACGUGAGGGACUUCGAGGCUGACGACACCUGCCUGGCACACUGCUGGGUGGUAGUGCGGCUGGACGGCCGGAAUUUCCAUCGGUUUGCUGAGAAGCACAACUUUGCAAAACCCAAUGACAGCCGUGCUCUCCAGCUGAUGACCAAAUGUGCGCAGACUGUGAUGGAAGAACUAGAGGAUAUUGUGAUUGCAUAUGGACAGAGUGAUGAGUACAGCUUUGUGUUCAAGCGGAAAACCAAUUGGUUUAAAAGAAGAGCCAGUAAGUUCAUGACUCACGUGGCCUCCCAGUUUGCCUCCAGCUAUGUGUUUUAUUGGCGGGAUUACUUUGAGGACCAGCCCCUUCUGUAUCCCCCAGGCUUUGAUGGAAGAGUUGUGGUGUAUCCCAGCAACCAGACUUUAAAGGACUACCUCAGCUGGCGACAAGCAGAUUGUCACAUCAAUAAUCUUUAUAAUACUGUUUUCUGGGCACUUAUACAACAAUCUGGACUAACACCAGUACAAGCCCAAGGGAGAUUACAGGGAACUCUUGCAGCAGACAAGAACGAGAUUUUGUUUUCUGAAUUCAACAUCAACUAUAAUAAUGAGCCGCUGAUGUAUAGGAAAGGGACUGUGUUGAUAUGGCAGAAGGUGGAUGAAGUGAUGACAAAAGAAAUUAAGCUGCCAACAGAAAUGGAAGGAAAAAAGAUGGCAGUGACCCGGACCAGGACAAAGCCAGUGCCCUUGCACUGCGAUAUCAUCGGGGAUGCUUUCUGGAAGGAACAUCCAGAGAUUCUAGAUGAAGACAGCUGACCCUUUGCGCUUCAGUUCUGGUGUGCUUAACCAUGCAAGCCCUCCCACCUCCCAGGGUUCCUUGCCUUAGGUGGCUGUAGCAUCCCUACCACCCAGGACACUGGUGCGAAUGACACAACUCAAGUUGGGAGGGGAACAGGGAAGGAAGGGAUGGAUGGGGGUGGUGUAUCUUACUCUGUUUAAGCAGAACACCUUGUUUGCGGUGUUGGAACAUGGUUCCUUUGGCAGAAGUGCUUUUUUUUUAAUCGCAGUACUAUUUUUAUAAAGCAAGAACUAUUUCA